AGUCUAUGCAGGCUAAACUUUGUUUUCCUUCUUUGGAUCUCAGUGACAUUCGUGUGCUCGGGUUACCCAGUUGGCCCUUCCAUGAGCAACAAUCCUUUUUAUUUGAAUUGCCAGCUGUAUGGAAAACCUGAUUAUUGCCUGAUCCUGCUGAGUAGCUGCUUAGCCAAGGUGGGCAGGGAUGAAGAACUGGCUCUUUUAAAGCCUCACCCGGAGACGCCUCUCGACAAAAGGUCCUUCCGCAACGGCGUCGGAUCGGGAAUUAAAAAAACUUCCUUCCGAAGAGCAAAGUCAUGAGCAAGUGCCCCAGACCACAGCCCCCCCUGCCCCUUUUGACAUCUGGUGUUUAACUUUGUGCUUAAAGGGUUUUAUUUUGAUGCUCUUCUAGGAUCAGACCAACCCGUGUCCUCAGCAUGUAACCGGGUGUUUGUUCCCGAGCGCACGAGCCGAGCGGAGCAGGUGUCAGAUGAGUGAUGCUGCCACAUCCCAUGUCCUGUGUCUCCCCAACCCUGGAAGCCACCAGGACCUUCAGAGCCAUUGCAAUUAAGUGUCACUGCGACCUUUCUGUGAAGCUGAAUGACACAUUCCCACUUUUGAAGUGACAUGUGCAGUGGUUCUCAGAUAAUCCAAAGCAAGCUGAGCCCUCCUGGUGCUAAAAAGAGAGAGAAGUGCCAGCCUUGGAGAGCUGCCACACGGCUUGGCCAUCCCCAAACUGCAGUGCAGAGGAAUUGUGAGGUGGAGGAUUUCCACUCGUAAAGCACUGCUGUGGUGACCUGGUGGGAGCCAUUUCACAUGGGGAAGAACAAAAAAAUGUGCUGAAUCCCAUGGAAUGAGAUUGCUCUGGGGAAUUAUCAGAGACCAGACCAGAGACCAGCAGGAUCUCUCCAUGACAGUUCAGUGCCCUUUGGAAUCCACUCUGCCAUUCAAAGAAAGCCAUGGCUGGUGACUCCAUGUGGGAAGAGAUAGUAAAUAUAAGAUGAAAAGGAGGAGAGAAGAGAAAAAAAAAAAAAAAAGAGAAGAGAAGAGAAGAGAAGAGAAGAGAAGAGAAGAGAAGAGAAGAGAAGAGAAGAGAAGAGAAGAGAAGAGAAGAGAAGAGAAGAGAAGAGAAGAGAAGAGAAGAGAAGAGAAGAGAAGAGAAGAGAAGAGAAGAGAAGAGAAGAGAAGAGAAGAGAACUUUCAGACAUAGCUCUCAGAUUUAAACACUGCCCUUCUCAUCUUUCCCUCCUCCCUAAAUUAUGCAGGUUUAGUUUUCUCCAGUGACUUGUGUAAUAUGGUAGAACGUUUUACAACAAACCUUGCAUUAUCUGUUUGUUUGUUUGUCUGUUUCAAAAUAGAUUUAUAAAAAUGCUUUUCUGAGUGUUUCCAAUUACAAGAGAAAUCUGUACAUCGUGUGGGUGCCUCACAUAAUUCACCCAAUAAUCUCAGCAGUCAAUUAAAUUUUAAAUGUUUCUCCAUUAAAUACUUAUUUUACCACAGUAAAUAAUUUAAUGUGUUUUCAUUUAAAAGUGUCUCACAUCACAAAGUUUUCAAUCUUCUUUUUUUUUUUUUUUUAUUGUUU